AUGAGAAAACCUUGUUGUGACAAAGAAGGCACAAACAAAGGUGCUUGGUCCAAGCAAGAGGACCAAAUGCUUAUUGAUUACAUCCAAGCUCAUGGUGCUGGACGAUGGUGUUCCCUUCCCAAGGCUGCAGGACUUCAUCGUUGUGGCAAAAGCUGCAGGUUGCGAUGGAUAAACUAUUUGAGACCAAACAUUAAACGUGGCAACUUUGGCCAGGACGAAGAAGAACUCAUAAUCAAAUUGCACGCUCUUCUUGGCAACCGGUGGUCACUGAUUGCUGGAAGGUUACCGGGACGUACAGAUAACGAGGUGAAGAACUAUUGGAAUUCUAACAUUCGAAGAAAGCUGAUUAAGAUGGGAAUUGAUCCCAAUAACCACAAGCUUCACCAAAGCUUCCCUCUUCAACAUGCUUCUUCCCAUGUUUCAGUAUCCACUACCACUGCACAAUCAUGUGGAGUCCCUUUCAUCAAAUCCCAUGGUUCUACCAAUCAUAGGAUUUCGGACACACAUAGCUCUCUUGUACAAGAAACUUCCCACUUAAAUCUUGACCUAACCAUUGCUUUCCCUUCACCUACACAUGCUCUUCUGCAAGACAAAUCUAAUAAACCUAUUUCUCACGGCACCAACUCAAGGAACAUUCAUCAGGAUUCUGCUCCUGCCGGCUUUCUUCUCUUUCUAUAA